AUGAGGAGGUGGAUGAGCAGGAGUUGUCUUAUGGUAUGUGGCUUAGGGCUUUACCCCUUGCUAAGACCUUUGAGAAACAACAAAAGAAAUAGUCAAGCUCCAAUAAUUGUAGCAGGAGCUUAUUUAACAUAUCAUCAAGCCACAACCACUGUGGUACUAAGGAUAGAGAUGACAAAGGAGACCAAGAGAGGGUUGGGGAUCCCUCAUGCAGUUCAAGCCUUGCUAAGGCUCAUCCGGUUAGAAAACUGCAACCUGUUCUUUUUUAUGGAAACGCGUCUUAAAGAGAAGGAAAUGCAAGUUGUUAAAUACAAAUAUGGAUUCGAUCAUUAUCUGGUUGUUGAUUGUGCAGCUUUGGGAAGGGGUAGGGCAGAUCGUGUGGCACUUAAGAUCGAACUUGAGAAAAGUAAUGCAAAGGAGAAAAUAAGGUGUCAAUAUAUAUUCAGGUUUGAAGAUGUUUGGUCUAGGGAUGAAAGAUGGGUUACUGAUGAGGACAUUACAACUUUUAAAGCUCUUGAAUCUCAGAAAUAUAAUCUCUUGAAGGAUGAAGAAGUGAUUUGGAGGCAACAUAGUAGGGUUGUGUGGUUAAAAGACGGUGACCGCAACACCAAGUUCUUCCACGAAAAAGCGAAUCAAAUGAGAAAAAUAAAUUCCAUUAGCAAAUUAAGGGACGAGAAUAGGGUUUGGUGGAGAGGAUGGGAGAAGUGUGAAGCGGUUCUGGUGACCUACUUCGAGGAAACUUUUACUUCCUCUUCCCCUUAUAACAUUCGUGAUACGUGUGAAGUGGUUAGAGGUAAGAUUCUUCCAGAUAUAAUUGAUGUCGAGCAGAGUGCAUUCGUGAAGGGGAGACUGAUUACUGAUAAUGCAUUGACAGCUAUGGAGUGUUUCCACUGGAUGAAGAAAAAGCCUAGUAGGAAAUUUUUACCCGAAAGGGGUCUUCGUCAAGGAGACCUCAUGUCCCUUUACUUGUUUGUUUUGUGUGCAGAUGUUCUGUCUGGGCUCUUAAGGAAAGAAGUGGGUUCAAAAUUUAUUCAUGGAAUCCAAGUGGCGAGGCAUGCUCCUAAUAUAUCACAUUUUCUAUUUGCGGAUAAUAGCUUGCUCUUUACAAGAGCGAAUUAUGGUGAAGCGAAUAAAAUUAUGGAGAUUCUGAACAGGAUGAAGCUAAAGAUGGUGCAAUCUCACUCAAAGUACAUGGGGCUUCCAAUGCUUUUUGGGAGAUCCAAGAAAGAGGUUUUCACACUUGUGGUUGAACGUGUGUGGAAGAAAUUGAAAGGGUGGAAUGAGGGUUUCUUGUCUAGAGCGAGAAAAGGGGUCCUAAUUAAAGCGGUUGUGCAGGCUAUUCCAACAUAUGUAAUGAGUUGUUUUAAACUUCCUGGAGGGAUAUGCCACGAAAUUGAAGCUCUUAUGGAAAAAUUCUAG